AUGGCGGCUGCUUCAGCUACGCCCUUUGCUCUUCCCUUCAAACUCUCCUCCCCAAAACACCUCCCUCGCACCAGAGCCCUGAAAUUGAAUCUCAGAGGCACCCAUCAUAAUCUUAUAGCUCGAAAAAGGGUUACUUUAUCGCCCCCGUCGGUUUCUUGGUCAAAAUCCAGCCACAGAUCAACACCACCAGCACCUUCAUCAUCGGUCUCCACCCGCGCCUACGUGUCCGGCCCCGCUUUCGACUUGUCCGAAAAUGAUCCGAAAAUCAAUGGCACUGAGGAAGUUGCUGAGCUGCAGCCCAUUGAUGCUAUAAGUUGGGGGCUGUUGUGGAAGCUUAUAUCCCGGCAUAAGUGGAGGGUUUUGGUCUCGAUUCUUACACUUUUCGGCUGUACAACUUGUACUCUGGCUAUGCCCAUAUAUUCUGGGAGAUUUUUCGAAGUGCUAAUUGGGGCCAGACCAGAACCAAUCUGGAAACUGCUGAGUAAAGUGGGAAUUCUGUACACAUUGGAGCCAAUAUUUACAAUUAUUUUCGUCAUAAACAUGAAUAGCAUAUGGGAGAAAGUUAUGUCUAGCUUAAGAGCACAAAUAUUUCAACGAGUGUUGAUUCAGAAGGUGGAGUUUUUCGACAAGUACAAGGUUGGAGAACUUACUGCUUUAUUAACAUCUGAUCUGGGUUCUCUCAAGAACAUUGUCAGUGAGAAUAUAUCAAGAGACCGUGGUUUCAGGGCAAUUUCUGAGGUUAUUGGUACGCUUUGCUUACUUUUUGCUCUGUCCGCCGAGCUGGCACCUGUUUUGGGCUUACUUAUGCUUACAGUGUCUCUGCUAGUUGCUGUCUAUAAGAGAACUACUGUGAAUGUCUUUAAAGCUCAUGGAUCUGCCCAAGCCGCCAUUGCCGAUUGUGUUACUGAAACUUUUGCUGCUAUACGUACUGUAAGAUCAUUUGGGGGAGAGAAACGUCAAAUGUCACUUUUUGGUCGACAGGUUCUUGAGUACGAGAGUAGUGGCAUAACCCUUGGUAUAUUCAAGUCAAUCAAUGAGUCCAUCACCAGGGUUGCUGUUUAUGUCUCUUUAAUGGCCCUGUAUUGUCUCGGAGGAAGCAAAGUUAAAGCUGGCGAACUUGCAGUUGGGACAAUGGUUUCUUUUAUUGGAUACACUUUCACUCUGACGUUUGCCGUUCAAGGGGUGGUGAACACCUUUGGCGAUCUUCGUGGAGCAUUUGCUGCCGCAGAUAGAAUUAACUCUGUUGUAUCUGGUGCUGAAAUUGACGAAGCACUUGCUUCAGCUUUAGAAAAGGACUUGAAGAGAAGGAACUUGCACGAUCCGAACCUUGAAGCUCUUCUAAUCAAUACUUCCAAUGGGAAGGAGCAAACGAGGAGUGCAGGUUAUAUGUCAUCCUUAAAAUCUGCUAAUGACGUGCGAAACCUUGCACGGUCGGGCGACAUAUGCCUUGAAGAUGUUCAUUUCUCGUAUCCUCUGAGGCCUGAUGUAGAAAUCUUACGAGGGCUCGAUUUAAUGUUAAAGUGUGGAACUGUGACUGCUCUAGUUGGUCCAAGUGGUGCAGGCAAAAGUACAGUAGUGCAGCUUUUAGCUCGGUUUUAUGAGCCUACCAAAGGUCGCAUAACAGUUGCUGGAGAGGAUCUCCGUUCGUUUGAUAAGAGCGAGUGGGCUCGAGCGGUUUCCCUAGUGAAUCAAGAGCCUGUUCUAUUCUCUGUUUCUGUUGGAGAGAAUAUCGCUUAUGGACUUCCAGAUGACUAUGUUUCCAAGGAUGACGUGAUAAAAGCUGCUAAAGCAGCUAAUGCUCAUGAAUUUAUUAUUUCUCUACCACAGGGUUAUGACACAUUAGUUGGAGAGCGUGGUGGAUUGUUAAGUGGAGGACAAAGGCAGAGAAUAGCCAUUGCUAGAGCUCUACUGAAAAAUGCUCCAAUCUUGAUUCUUGAUGAGGCUACAAGCGCUUUAGAUACCGUAAGUGAACGACUGGUUCAAGAAGCUCUCAACCGUCUGAUGAAGGGUAGAACGACUUUAGUGAUUGCUCACAGACUGAGCACAGUCCAAAAUGCCCAUCAAAUUGCUUUAUGCUCAGACGGCAAGAUUUCAGAACUUGGGACACACGCAGAGUUGCUGGAUCAGAAGGGUCUAUAUGCUUCCCUUGUAGGCACCCAAAGGCUUGCAUUUGAAUGA